UAAAGAUGGCGGUGAGCAGCAUCCGAGUCCGGCCGAGCAGGAGCUCCCGGAUCAGAGGUCGGAAUGAAAGCGGAGAGGAAGCCAUCCCUCUGGAUCUAAACAGAGAUCCUGCAGAAAACCUUCAUGAGAUCCUUCAGAGCGUGUCCAAGCAGAGAGAAGUGUCUAACAUGAGGAAGCUGGGACACCUCAACAACUUGGUGAAGCUCCUGUGUAGUGUGGGUCACUCCGAGGAGAAACUGGGCUUCAGCUGUGAGGAGAUCCUCAUGUGUCUAAGGUUAGCGCUGCUGAAUGAGGCCAAAGAGGUCCGAGCUGCAGGACUACGAGCUCUGCGUUACAUGAUCAGAGACAGCAGUGUGAUGGAGAAGGUGCUGAGGCUGCAGGUGGACUACCUGAUCGCCAGGUGCAUCGAUAUUCAGCAGAGUAAUGAGAUCGAAAGAACUCAGGCAGUCAGGCUGGCACGCAAGAUGAUCAGUGUGAACGCUCAGCUCUUCCCCUCCUCUCUCACCAACUCGCUCAUCGCUGUGGGUAACGACGGGCUGCACGAGCGAGAUCGGAUGGUGCGAGCCUGCAUCGCAAUCAUCUGUGAGCUGUCCUUAAAGAACCCCGUUGUGGUGGCCCAGCGGGGGGGCCUCAGCACCAUCCUGAGGAGUGUGACGGCUUGUCAGCUGAUCCGGAUCAAUGAGGCUCUGAUCACCACCGUCCUGCACCUCCUCAACCACCCACACACACGCUGCUACGUGCGUGCUGACGUGGAGCUGGAGCAAAUCCUGGCCCCGUACACGGACUUCCACUACAGACACAGUCCGGACUCUGGGCAGCUUAAGGAGGACAGACAGGCUCAGUUCACAGCCAGUAAAAUGUCCAUCAUCGCCUCCUUUCGCUCCUGGUCGGGUAUCAUUAACCUGUGUAAGUCAGGCAGUUCUGGACUCCAGUCUCUGAUUGGUUUACUCUGUAUACCAAACAUGGAAGUGCGGAGAGCUCUGUUAGAGGUCCUGUAUGAGAUCUUCCACCUGGUCAGACCUGCAGUGACGGCAGACUUUAACCAGGCUCUCCUCAGUGUAGACCCCAGCAGGUGUCAGGACGGUUGGAGGCUCUCUGACGGGUUCGUGGCUUCGGAGGCGAGAGCGCUCCUCCCUCACCGCUCCUGCUCCAGGCCCGACCUGAUGGAUAACUACCUGGCUUUGGUUCUCUCUGCGUUCAUCCACAGCAGGCUGUUAGAGGGUCUGAUCGAGGUGAUCACCAGCAGUGAUGAGGUCUUAUCCAUCUGUGCCACCAUCCUGCUGGGAGAGCUUCUCCACCUGGCAAACACCAUCCUCCCUCACAGCCAAAGUCACCACCUGCACUGUUUGCCCUCCCUCAUCAACAUGGCCGCCUCCUUCGACGUCACACCUGAGAAGAGACUGAGAGCGAGUGCUGCAGUGAACCACCUGAAGUGUUUCCACGAGGAGAAGAGGAGAGGAGUGAAACCUGACAGUCUGUACCUGGACCACAUCCUCAGAAGCUCCGGAGAGUCACACUGCUGCAGAGAGCAGAGCUUCAGAGCUUCAGCUCACAGAGACAUCUUCAUCAUCAAGGACUCUGAGGACGCACUGAUGUCCCACCUGAGGGAGAGUCACAUCCUGAACCACAAAGACCACCAGGACUGGAACUGGAGCCUGAUAGGAACUGUUUUAAAGUGGCCAAACAUGAGUCUUCGCAGCCAUAAGGACGAGCAGGUACACAGGUUUGUGCAGCGUCUCCUGAUCUUCUAUAAACCCAGCAGUCAGCAGUACGGCAGACUGGAGCUGGAGCACCCCAGAGCCCGGCAGCUGACCCUGGUGGGCUGUCAGCUAGUGGACUUCCUGCUGCUCUCUGAGGAGGAGGGUCAGGUGUACCUGGAGGACCUGGUGAAGGACAUCGUUCAUAGUCUGUUCUCUGCUCCUGUUAAACCUGAGCGCGGUCUGUCAGGCAGCAGGCUGCUCUCCACACUCAGCCAGCACUACUUCCUGUUUCUGGGCGCUCUGUCAACUCACACGCUCGGCGUCAGGAUGCUGGAGAAGUGCAACGUCUUCCAGAGUUUGUUGAGCAUGUGCAGUCUGAAGAAUCAGGAGCACCUGUUGAAGCUGACCGUCUCCACCCUGGACUACAGUAGAGACGGUCUUUCUCGAGUCAUCCUGUCCAAAGUCCUCACGGCUGCCAACGACACCUGCAGACUCUACGCCACCAAGCACCUGCGCGUCCUCCUGCGUGCAGGUGUGGAGUUCUUCAGUAACUGGGGUGUGCAGCUCCUCGUCACUCAGCUGUACGACCGGAAUAGGAGCGUCUCCUCGGAGGCGCUGGACAUCCUGGACGAAGCCUGCGAGGACAAGACCAACCUCCAUGCUCUGACAGAGAUGAGACCUGCUCUGUCACACCUGGGGGACAAAGGUGUGCUGCUGCUGCUCAGGUUUCUGUCGAUCCCUAAAGGGUUCUCGUACCUGAGCGAGCGAGGAUACAUCACCGCAGAGAUGGACCGAUGGCAGAAGGAGUUUAACCUGAAGUACGUGGACCUGAUUGAGGAGCAGCUGAAUGAGGCUCUCACCACCUAUAGGAAGCCUGUGAACGGAGAGGACUUUGUACGCCGCAGCAACCAGAGGUCACAGAGGCCUCAUGUGUACCUGCCUGUUCAUCUGUACGGUCAGCUGGUUCAUGAGAAGACUGGCUGUCAGCUCCUGCAGGCUCAGAAUGUCGUUCCUGAGUUGAGCUUCAUCGUCCACUCUCCCGUCCUGGACCGAUGGGAGGGGAUCAAGCAGCUGAAGGCCGCUCUCUGGGCUCUGGGGAACAUCGGCUCGUCCACCUGGGGUCUGAACCUGCUGCAGGAGGAGGGGGUGAUCCCUGACGUUGUGGAUCUGGCUCACAGCUGUGAGGUUCUGUCCAUCAGAGGGACCUGUCUCUACGUGCUCGGUCUCCUCUCUCAGACUCGUCAGGGCUGUGAUUUGUUGAAGCAGCAGGGUUGGGACUCGGUGAGGCACAGCAGGAGGACCCUGUGGCCUGUAGUCCCAGAGGAGCUUGAGCCUCAGUCCAGACCAUCAGAGUGGCUCACCUCUGGACCCCAGACUCCUGCAGAGUCCAGCAGAGACCCUCUUCAGCCCAGUGUGUGUGAGCUGGAUGCUGAUAGGCUGCAGGACUCUGACCUCAGGGAGGACUCCUCCUCUUCUCCGUACGUCUAUCCCAGACUGAUGAAGGACCGGAGCCCCCUCAGCAUGCUGGCCUCCUGCAACCUCCGCAGCCGCCUCCUGUCCCUCCCAGGGAGGAAGUCCUGCACCCCCCUCCACCUUGAGAACAACAGCCCGGAACAAGGGGGAGAGCUGGAGGGGGGACACAAACCCAGAGAGGACCUCUCUGUUCCCAACAAACACCUGUUGAACCACUCAGGAGGGGGGGAGGUCUGCUGUGAGGUGAAGCAGGGGAGCAGCCUCGGGGAGGUGAACGGGUCUGGGUCAGGGGAGGUGAACAAGGCGGAGGAGGUGAACGGGGCGGGUGACGUGUCCCGGGAGCCGUGCAGCUUCGAGCGUCUGGCUGAAGGCGUCCCGUCAGAAGGGGGCGGAGUCCCGUUGAAGAGCCGGAGCCAGAGCUUUAACACUGACAGCACCACAAGCGGGAUCAGCUCCAUGAGCUCCAGCCCCACCAGAGAGACCCUGCACCCCCACACAGAGACCAGGAGGACCCCCCCACACUGCUCCACCCCUCUCUCCAUCCCUAAAUCAUGCUCGGCCUACCUGCUCCCUCCUGGCUCUGCCCACACUCUGCCCCGGCGGGCGCAGUCCUUCAGGUCUCCCUCGGCGAGCGCUCUGAACACCAUGGCGGACUGCGGCCUGUUCUGCAGCUCCUCCUCCUGCUGCACCAGCCACAGAGACGCUCUGGGUUACACCACCCUGAGGAGGCUGCAGCACCAACGCAUCCAACCCUCCGUGUCCCACAGUGAGGCACGCGCCUCCCCCGCCAAGGAGAUCCUGUUCACCGACGCCAUCACCAGGACCUGUGGGAGUCUGGACUCCAGACGCACAGCUCAGAGGUUCCUGAAGGCUCUGAGUUUUGCGUCUCUGGAUAAAGAAGACCUGCUGAGUUCCAUAAACCAGACCUCCCUGCAGACCUCGUCCUCCGUCCGCUCCCUCAUCUCCACUGGAUCCUUCAGGUCCUCUGAGGAGUUCAUGGGCAUCGCUCUGCCGGUCAACAUCAACAACAUGCUGCAGAUUAAAGAGACGCCUUACUUUAAGAAGAGGCUGAGUCCUCCCUCUGAGGACGGCUCUGCUGGAUUCUUCUCUGGAGGAUCUGAAGGUCUCGGGGGCGGGGACAGUCCGUCGAGGCUCCGCCCACAGCUCAGUGUCACAGAGCUGCUGAUGGUGAGCCGGGUGGAUCAGAAGCAGGUCCUGGACUCAGAGGAGACCGGCCUGCAGGAUCACAACCAGGAUAACUGUCUGUACUGUUCUGGAAUGAGUGUGAUGAGGUCCAGGUCUGAGGGCGGGGACUCAGACCCUGCAGAGGAGCCCCCAAACUCAGAUGGGCUCAGUCCAGCUCCCUCAGACCACCUGGAGGUCCUGGUCCAGACGGAGCUGUCAGCGGGGUCGGGGUGCAGUGACGGCAUGUCUCAAGGGUGUGCAGGGAGUGGCACAGACCUGGUCCUGGGACUGAAGUCCGUCCCUGAAGACGCCCCUGCAGGUCAGGUUCUCCUGAGGAAGGAGGUUCUCCGUCUGAUCAUUAACCUGAGCUCGUCAGUGGGGACGAAGAACCACGAAACCAGCCUGCUGACGAUAAAGGAGAAGUUCCCGUCUGCGUUCGAUGAUGUGUGUCUCUACUCAGAGGUUUCAGUCCUGCUCGCUCGCUGCUCCUUCCGUCUGAAGUCUCGCCGCUUCAUCCAGGAGCUCUUCCAGGACGUUCCCUUCAGCCCGCUGUAUGAAAUGGCAGAGAGCAUCUUGUCCAUGUCGCCAUGGAGAUCCUCGGCUCCGCCCUCUGACACCUGACUCACCUGACGGCCCUGAGAACUCACCUCUGUGUGACCCUGCACCUCCUCACUGUAACCUCACUGUAACCUCACUUUGCCUCCUAACACACUCACACACACACACAGACACACACACACACGCACACACACACACCCUCACCCUGACCCGGUGCUCCUCACCUGCUGACUCUCGGUCAUUGACACAAAAAUGGACGACACGCCUCCUCCUCCUGUCGUAGAAGAGUGAAGCUGAAACAGCUCCAUCACAGAAGUCUGAGUCUGUGCAGAGAUCAGCUGAUUGGCUGCAGACUCAAGUCCCGCCCCCUCCUCUGACAGACUCACCUUGUUGCUGAUUGAAACACCGAGCACUGAGUGUUUUGGCUUCACUUUGAGGUGCUGUUGUCUGGCCCAUCUUUUCAUAGUGUCAUUCAGACAGCGAUCACCGUGACAGAGGAUGACUGUUUACAGGUGAAUCAGACACCUGGAGUGAAGGGUGUGUGUGUGUGUGUGUGUGUGUGUGUGUGUGUGUGUGUGUGUGUGUGUGUGUGUGUGUGUGUGUGUGUG